AUGGCAUUAUUUUAUAUUUUCCUAUUUAAAUUAACUCAAGAUCAAAAUGAUUUAUGUAUUUCUUGUCAUAAUGCAAAUCGAUAUAAAAUUGAAUUACAAAAUAUGAUGGGAAUGUUUAUUUCAACAUUACCAUAUCGUAUGAAACUUGAUUCUAGUUGGUCAUUUAAUGAACUUGUUAAACAAGUACAAGAUAAAUGUAUAUCAAUUCUUGAACAUUCUCAUUAUCCAUUACAAAAUAUUCUAAAUGAUAUUCAUGCUAAUCAAUCUAAUGUUUCUUUUCUUCAGACAGUAUUUGAUUUUAUUACUCGAUCUCCUGAUAUUGAUCAAUUUUCUUUCGAUGAUGUCAAUUUAAAACCAAUUGAAUUAAAACAAUCCGUUGAAAUUGCUAAAUUUGAUUUUAUGUUAACAUUUAUUUACAAUCCAAUGUCAAAUGAUGAUAUGUUAUCAUGUCGUAUUGUUUGUUCACAUGAUUUAUUCGAAGAUAUGACAGUUACAAAAAUUGUUUGA